CAGCACAAACUUGCUGUCAUACGGACGUUAUUGGAAAGGAGUGACAGCAUCGUCACGGAAGAAGAAGACCGUAAACAAGAGGAAGAACACAUAAGAACAGCCCUCUAUACAUGUGGUUACCCGAAUUGGGCGAUAAAGAAGGUCAAAGAGCAAAUGAACAGGAAGAAAGCUAUGAGAAAAGAUAAAUCCAAGAAAGAUAAAGCACAAGAAAAAUCAAGAGGAGUGGUGACUUUCCCAUAUGUCCACUCAUUCACGGAGAAAAUACAACGUAUAUUCACCAAACACAGGGUAGCCACAGUGGUUAAACCUCAAACCACCCUCAGACAGGUUUUAGUUCACCCGAAGGACAAAGUUGAGAAGCAAAAAAAGGCUGGAGUGGUGUACAAAAUUCCGUGCAGCCAAUGCGAAAAGGUAUACAUCGGUGAAACAGGGAGACAGCUGGGAACCAGGAUCACAGAACACAGAAAGGAAGCAGAAAAGAUCUCUGACAGAAAUUUCACAAGAUCCACCCGCAGAGCUUCUACCAAUGAAUACCAUAAAUCAGCCAUAACAGACCACGUCUGUCAGAACAAUCAUAUUAUGAACUGGGAAGCAGGUGAAAUAGUUGAGCAGGAAAGCGACAAGUUUAAGCGAUGGAUCAAGGAAAGCAUAUGUAUUAGAUCGAACACUCCUACUAUGAACAGGGACGAGGGAGCCUAUCAGCUUUUUCCCAUAUGGACACAAGUGAUCUCCACCCCCAAAACCAGGGGGGAGGGGGCGUCUACAGAGUGA